AUGGACGAGGCGGCGGGCCCGGGGCUGCUCGACCUGCCGACGGACGUCCUGACUUUCUUUCUGGCGGGCGUGAGGGACUUCAGGGACGUCCUGAGCGUCAGGGGAACGUGCCACCGACUGAGGAGUGCUGCUGACGAGCGCCUGGUGUGGGAGGAGCGGCUGUGGAAGGAGGCGGGGCUGAAGUUGCAGGGCGAGGGCGGGCGGCAGCCCCAGUGGCGCGAAGCCUACCUUGCCGUCAAGCGCCACGAGGCGGAAGCCUGCAUCGCGGCGACGGGGGAGCCGACGGGGGAGGUCCGGGCGCCCGCGCGGUUCCGCGCGCUGCUCACGGACGGCGGCGUGGACUCCCAGAACGGGGUGUUUUGGGCUGACAACGCAAUGGUGCCCAACGCGUGGGACGUCUUCUGCUCGCGCCGCGGGACGCGCGUCGGCCUGCUGGGCGUCUUGCCGCCGCCGGGCCGCGAGGUCUGCGAGCACGACGACCGGAAUCGUCGCAUGAGGUGGUUCAUGGAGGAGUGUUGUCGUGGGAUCGUGCAGGGGCUGAUGCAGGACGGACCGAACGGGCCGGAGGGGAUCAACAUCCAGGAGUGGUCGAUGUCGGAGCUGGAGGCGCUGUUCGUGGAGCUCACGCAGGGGCUGAUAGACGUGGACGCGGAGCAGUUCUUCGGCACCGCGGUAGGGCACUUGAUGGCGGAGCCGUUCCUGAGCAGCCGGGGAGAGACCACCGACGUGACGACCAUCUACCGCGAGCUCCACCUCGAGUGCGUCAGGGUCUGCACGGAGGUCAGCAUGCGCGUCUCGACGAAGGGGUUCUCGGUAUGGCCACAGCUCAUGUACGGCCCCAGCUCGCCAGCGCCGGACGACUGGCCACGCACCGCGCGCCACCUCCCCGUGCCCCAGGGCUCCACGGAGCCGCCGCUGGAUGUCGUCUGCGACGCGGAGGUCGCCCGGCUCUGUUGGGACGCGGGACUGGGCCGGCGCGUCGCCGUGGCGCGCAGCGUCUGUCUCAGCCGACAAGGCAACCUCACGUGUCCUGUGCGCGACGGCAUCAUCCUGACGGGCCACACGCGGCCGCAGGAGGGCAACGCACCUCCCUCGCCGGCGUCGCGGGACGCCUGGCUGUUCUUCCCCCCGCCCCAGGAGGAGAUGCGCCCUCUGUGGGGCCUGGCACGCCAGGGGCAGCAGGCGCUGGAUGCGGCGUGGCCCGACGGCCUGCGAGAAGCAAAGACCGCGCUCGACGUCCUGAAGCUCGUUGCGGAAGGGAAGCUGCCGCCCGUCGCGGCGCAGGGCAGCCACAGGGCGGGGGUCUACGUGGAGUUUGAGGAUGUCGGGGGGGGUGUGCGGGCAGGGGCGACCGCGAACGGCCAGAACGCGUCCGCAGCGAGCGAGUGGGACCUUCGGCCGCUGCUGUGGUUCUCGUUUCGCUCCGCGGAGGAGCUCCAGGCGUUCGACGACGAGCAGCGACGCGCGGGGCUGCUUCCGGGACCCCCUGACUCAGCAACAGCGGCAAACACCCCCGCCGCGGACCUGACGGGGCGGCACACGCUCAACAUCGAGCUGUCCUCCCCUCGGGCGGCGGGCGCGGUCGCGGUGCUGCUGUCCAGCCCCGAGAAUCUGAUGUGGGCGACAGGGGACACACACCCGGAGCCGAACAUCGACCUGUGCAGGAUGACGCUGCAGGGGUUCACCGUGGAGCUGCCGGAGGGCACGCGGCCCGCCUGA